GAUAAAAAGCCAACAAUAACUACAAAGAAAAAUGGCUUUAAGAGUCCUGAGGAAAUUGUGGAAUGAGAAACCAGAGCUGGUAGGCAGUUCUUUUAUGGGUGUUCUGGGUGUAGUAUUGAUUGCUGAAACAUGUAGGCGUUACGUUAAAGAAAAUAAGCACAAUCGCAGAUACCGAGAGACUUAUACUGUAAUCAGACACGAUGAUCCAAAAGUGGCAACUUUGCGUAAGGAUUAUUUAGGUGAUAUGUGAUCGAGAUAUAUCCCUUGCCUUCAAUGGUGCAUCUUUAUAUUCAUGUAAUAUUGCAAGAAUUAGUACAUGUGAUGGAAGAAAGAAAGAUUCCAUUAAAUAAAUAAAUUAUCCAUUUAA